AGCUGAGAAGUCAAGUGCGGUGGUGGCGGAAUGAGCGCGAUCAGGGGAGGGGUGAGCUAGGAAGCCGAAGAGGGAGGAAGGGCCCAGAUCAUAGAGUUUGGAAUGCCCGUGGGUGGAGGUUGGAUGAUAGGAGGGCAGGAAUUGUGAGGCGACCACUUCUAGGAGGUCACAGAUGUAGAUGAGAGAUGGUGGCCUACGGUGGUGGCAGUGGGUAUAGGAGAGAAUUGGAGCUGUCAAGAUGAUAUUUAAAAAUUGACAAGACUUUUGGAUUAGAUAUGGGAUUUGAGUGAGAGAAUCCUGCUUAUCGAAAUGCAGUUGACACAUCAGCUGGACCUAUUUCCCGAAUACAGGGUGACCCUUCUGUUAUUUAAAGAUGUAAAAAAUGCUGGAGACUUGAGAAAAAAGGCCAUGGAAGGUGCCAUUGAUGGCUCAUUAAUAAAUCCUACAGUGAUUGUUGAUCCAUUUCAGGUACUUGUGGCAGCAAACAAAGCAGUUCACCUCUACAAACUGGGAAAAAUGAAGACAAGAACUCUAUCUACUGAAAUUAUUUUCAAUCUUUCCCCAAAUAACAAUAUUUCAGAGGCCUUGAAAAAAUUUGGUAUCUCGGCAAAUGACACUUCAGUUCUGAUUGCUUAUAUUGAAGAGGGAGAAAAACAAAUAAAUCAAGAAUACCUAAUAUCUCAGGUAGAAGGUCAUCAAGUUUCUCUCAAAAAUCUCCCUGAAAUAACAAAUAUUACAGAAGUCAAAAAGAUAUAUAAACUAUCAUCACAAGAAGAAAGUAUUGGGACAUUAUUGGAUGGUAUCAUUUGUAGAAUGUCAACAAAAGAUGUUUUGUGAAUGACAGAAAUAUUAAAAGUUUUCAGCAA